AUCGACAAUGUGACAUUUGAAGUCGUAAAAAAAGUUCAAGAGAAAAUUUCACGGGGAAUUUUCUCAUUUUCAAAAUUAUUAAAUUUUACCUAUUUUUUCUCGUUUUUCGUGUGAUUUUCUUUUAUAUUCCUUUUGGAGAAAGCCUCCCCGUGGUUAGUUUGGAUGCAUUUCAUCGGUCGAAGCCACGUUGUAGUUGGAAUUUGUAAGAAUACUUUAGUGUGGAGGAAUCUGUGCAAUAGUCAAUGGAAUAGAUUUCUCGUGGGUAGAAGGACAAUUUUAUUGGCAAGAACAAUGGCAAAUACGGCUGAAGUCAGUGCCAAGAUGAACAAUGUCGUGGAAAGAUUUGACAAUAUUACCAAGUCAGCAGAGGACAAUAGGAACUAUCGAGGGCUGCUGCUGAGUAAUGAUAUGAAGGUGCUGCUGGUAAGUGAUCCAACAACUGAACGAUCAGCUGCCGCGAUGGCAGUUGACGUGGGGCAUUUGAGUGAUCCAGCGGAAAUCCCAGGUCUGGCUCAUUUUCUUGAGCAUAUGUUGUUCCUGGGGACUGAGAAGUACCCCAAUGAGAAUGACUAUUCGACGUAUUUGGCUCAGCAUGGGGGCAAUUCCAAUGCAUCAACUUAUGCAGAUAUCACAAAGUUCUAUUUUGACAUCGUUCCGGACAAGUUGGAAGGGGCUCUGGACAGAUUUGCUCAGUUUUUUAUAGCUCCACUUUAUACGGAAAGUGCGACAGAUCGGGAGAUAAAUGCUGUCCAUUCGGAGCAUGAGAAGAAUGUUCCGAUGGAUUCGUGGCGAGUGAGACAAGUUAACAAAUCCCUGUCCAAUCCUAGGCAUCCGUACAGUAAAUUUGGCACGGGGAAUAAGAAGACUCUCGAUGAGGAUGUCAGAGCCAAGGGGAUUAAUAUCCGGGAUGAGUUGUUGAAGUUUCAGGAUAAAUGGUAUUCAGCCAAUAUUAUGAGUUUGGCGGUUUUUGGCAAGGAGGAACUGGAUGUGCUGGAGGAAAUGGUGAUUUCCAAGUUCUCAGAGGUCGUUAAUAAGGACGUAGUGGCGCCUACCUGGACAGAAUCACCGUAUACGGAAAAUGAAUUGGGUGUGAAGGUGAAUGUGGUUCCUGUGAAAGAUACUCGUUCCCUGACCAUAACAUUUCCCUGUCCGGAUCUCGAGAGCCUGUACAAGUCCAGUCCGGAUAAGUACAUUACGCAUCUACUGGGGCACGAGGGUAAGGGGAGUUUGUUGUCGGAGCUGAAGAGUAAGGGCUACUGCAACAAUCUCAUGGCAGGAUACACUCUGGCAGCUCGUGGCUUUGGAUUCUUUGACAUUGUGGUGGAUCUGACGCAAGAUGGCUUUGAGAAUGUCAACGAUGUCAUCCUCAACACCUUUCAGUACAUCCAAAUGCUGAAGACUGAAGGAGCUGUACGGAGGAUUUUCGAUGAGUAUCGUCACAUUCUCGAGAUGCAGUUUAGGUUCAAGGAGAAGGAAGGACCUCUGUCUCUUGUGUCCAGUGUUGUUCAUUCCAUGAGAAUACUGCCCUUUGAAGAUGUCCUCUCAGCUGGAUAUUUCAUCAGUGAGUGGCGUCCGGAUCUCAUUGAGGAUAUUCUCAAGUACCUGGAACCGCAAAAGAUGCGGGCAGUUGUUGUUGGUAAAAAGGUCGAGUCAAAGUGCGAUAGAACAGAAUUUUGGUAUGGAACAAAAUUUUCAGUGGAAAAUUUCCGGCCAGAAGAACUCAAAGCAUGGAGUGAUUGUCAACUCAAUCCGCAAUUUUAUCUGCCGGAAGAGAAUCUUUUCAUCCCAACGCAAUUUACAAUAGCUGACCUGGAGGAUGAUGUAACAGACUAUCCCACCAUUAUCUACGAUACAACGCACAUUCGUGUCUGGCAUAAGCAAGAUGCAGAAUUCCGAAAGCCAAAGGCUCUCAUGAAUUUUGACUUUUCCAGUCCGCUCGUCUACUCAGAUCCUCUCAAUUGCAACCUAACCCAUCUCUUUGUCAUGCUCUUUCGGGACCAUCUCACUGAAUAUCUGUACAAUGCCGAAUUGGCAGGUUUGAGGCUAAAUGUAGGCAAUACCCUAAAUGAGAUCAGCAUAAGUAUUAGUGGUUUCAAUGAAAAACAGAAACUUUUCCUCCAAGAUAUUCUCAAUGCCCUCUAUAAUUUCAAAGUGGAUCCAAAGAGAUUUGACAUCUUCAAAGAGAAAUACACCAGAACACUCAAGAAUUUCGAAGCUGAACAGCCAUAUCAGCAUGCUGUCUACUACCUCGGUGUCCUCCUAACGGAAUUUGCAUGGACAAAGAAGGAACUUCUCGAUGCCACAAAAGCCACCACACCCGAAACACUCCAGCAAUUCAUUCAUGAUUUCCUCUCGCGUGUACAUGUUGAAUGCCUCAUCUAUGGCAAUGUGACCAAGGGAGAUGCCAUGGAUCUGGCAUCAAUUAUUGAGGAACGCCUCAAGAAGACAAAUUCCGUUACACUACCCCUCUUAGCGCGACAGCUCUUCCCCAAGCGUGAGUAUAAACUGGGCGAAGGCCGAAGUUUCCUCUUUCGCAAAAACAAUCAGUUCCACAUGGCGUCCUGCACACUCUUUUACAUCCAAUGCGGUGUUCAAAGCGAUGUCAACAACAUCUUCACGGAUCUCGUGGUGCAGAUCCUGUCAGAGCCGUGCAAUAAUGUGCUCCGGACGAAGGAACAACUGGGCUAUAUUGUCUUCUGCAGCGCCAGGAAAAUAAAUGGUGUCCAGGGGAUUCGGAUGCUAGUGCAAUCGUCGCAGCCAACAGCCUUUGUUGAGGAGAGGAUGGAACUUUUCCUGGAUUCAAUGGUGGAACACAUUGAGAAUAUGCCAGAUGAGGAGUUCCAGAGGCACAAAGAUUCUCUGGCGGCAAUAAAGCUGGAAAAGCCACGACAGCUAAUGUCGUGGUUCAGCAGGUAUUGGACUGAGAUUGGUCUGCAACAGUAUCAUUUUUCACGUGGACAGGCUGAAGUGGCUGUUCUCAAGGGAGUCACCAAGGAAGCUUUGUUGCAGUACUACAAAGAUUCUAUUCUUAGAAGUUCGAAGCGCAGACAAAAAUUGGCCAUUCAUAUCAUCUCAUCGCAAUCUGAGAAUGAAAAUGGAGGAGGGCAGGAUAAUGAAAUUUUGCAGGACAAUGUAGAAGUCGUGACGGAUCUGUCUACAUUCAAGUCCAGCAAGGAACUAUAUCCAGUGGUGCAACCGUACAUCGAUAUCCGGCGAAAGGGGGCUCGAAGUAAAUUGUAAUAGUGGUUGGAAAUUUUAUUCACUAUUUAUUUACCGAAAAA